GGCGCCGGAGUGAAGCAGAAGAAAGAAACAAAAAGAUUAUCUUGAUGAUUUUUUAUCAAAAAUUCCUUGUUUUUGGGGAGUGGGAUGCGUCAGUCCGCGCUCCAUCACAUGGGUGAGGUUUAGAUGGCACUUCCACGCUAAAACGACGUUUUUUUUUUUUUUCCUAACGGUUGCUUUCUUUCUCUCUCUUAUUCUCUCCCUGUUUACUGCUAUUAAUGGAAUGGUGGGAGUGAUGGUGGUUUAGAGGAUUGCAGUUGCUCGUGGUGAUUGGAUCGUUUGGUCGUGGUGGCACCCGUUACGCAGGGAAGGAAGAGAGGAAGGAAAAGUCGAGAAAGCUGAGGAUAGAAGCCGACUCCACCCUGUUGUUUCUUCUCUGUUGUCAGUUUUUUGAGAGGAAAACUCCAUCUUCUUCACCAAAAGAGUCCUUUUCGGCCUUCCUCUUUGUAUUCUCUUCUGUAUAUUAUAGUUGAGAAACAGGGGAAAGGAGUAUCUUGUUCCUCUAUUGCAUAUCCUAUUUUCUGUUGUCUUCUUCCCUUCUCUUGUUUACCUAUAAGGAAAAUCCAUUGUGCUUUUAUCAGAAAUAAGUCGUUUUCUUGGCUUGCUUUUCUGAACAUCUUUUCUACAUGAAGAGCAGAUACAGGGAAAAAGUCGUAGUCUUACCUCUACCAGUUUUGUUAUAUUUUUGUUAACGAUAUAUACCAGUUUCUUCUUCUCUGUUUUCUUCUUACUUUCUGUUGUUGUAGGAGAAAAUCCUCUGUUCUGCGUCAAAACAAAAAGGACUCUUUUUUUUUUACCUUCCUCAUGUUCUCUUCUCUCUUUAGCAUACAAACAGGGUAAAAAACUCGUCUGUCAUCUGCUUCUAUCUUCUUUUUUCGUAUUCAUUUAGCAAUUUUCCUUGUCUAAUAUUUUCUCUGUCUUGUCUUAGUCAGGAACCCUUUUUUUUCUCCACAAAGUGUUUAUUUUACCCCGUCUCCUUUUUUAUUUUUUGUCUUCGUUCUUCUGGUUGAUAAGAUUUGGACCUUAUAAGGACGAAAGGAAGUUCCUUUCUGGAAAAACCUACGUCUCAUUUCUCCAUUCUCUGAAUAAAAGAAGAGAGGGUGUCGCAGCUUCGGGGGAGCUUCGGCGAGCUUUGGAUUCUAUCAUACCUGAGAUGAGUCGGGGUUCAUUUUACAUGGUCAGUAACUAGAUGUGCCCUGUCAAUCAUGGAGACAAAGUGUGUAUAUUUGGUUGAGCCGGAAGUAUUCCAAGAUGAAGAUGCCAUACCUUGUAGUUCAGACAGCAUCAGAAGGUUGGGAGAAGACAAUUGCUUGUAUUUUGCUGUACCGGAACUUAAAUUAGGGAUGUUUGAUAAGGUCGGCAGGAAACUACCUUUGAUCUUGGCUGUUGGGCAAUCAAAAAAUUGUUCAUGUAACCAGAAAUCAUGUCCAUGCGGCGAUGAGCUCAUCUUUGCAAAUUAUAUCAAUUAUGUCCGUCCCAAUAGGAAGUUUGCACAGCAUUGCAUUGGAUCGGCAGAACCUAGUUCUGAUUCUAUUCAAAUCUUCUGGAGAACAGAAUCCCUGUUAAACAUCCCAGUGAAUGCUAGAUAUAUGUUCAAAAGCUUAAAAUUGCGAAGAAGAACAAGGAAUAUUAAUGAUCUGGGUGAUUUCAUUGUUGAAUGCUCUCCAGCAGCUCGUUCAGUGAAUGUAAUUGUGAGUCCUUCAGGGCGAUGGGUUUUUGAUUCUAUAGAGGCAUAUGUCGAGGAAAGGACCCUGAUAAAAAGGUCGCUUUUCUUCGAGCUAGGCAAUCCAGAUGAUACCAUGGCACACAUUAGAUCAAGAUCGACCAGUACCAGACAAAUAGAAUCCUCAGAGUUGACAAGUGCUCCUUCUGGGCUUUUUAACACCUCAUCACAAAAGCCAGUGAUGGCAGUAAUUCCUUUCGGGAAGCGAAAAACCAUGUCUAACUUCUCUGAAGAGUUGAUUCUGUCUUGCUCAACUACAAACUUGCCAUGUUCAUAUCAGUCCUCUUCACCUGCACACCACUUUCCUUCAACAGGGCUUGUUCGCUGUGUGUGGAAGAGUGGGACUCCUCAAUUUGUGUUCUCUCUGAAUGAUGAUCCGAGGGAACUGUAUUUGGCAAAUCCUCUGAAGAUCAAGUCCUCAGUGAACAGGGUCAUGGACUACAUGUACUUGUUUCAUUCUAAAACUGAUGGCCAAAAGGAUCCAAGAAACCAUGUCAAUGGUGCCUCAAAUGUUGUUGGUAAGAUGAAGGUAUCAAGUACUAUAGUUCUGAAAUCAAAUAGAUCUAAAUUCGUGGAAACCGAAUUUGUCUUGUUUGGUGCUAAUAAAGAGAAUUUCAAAGAAAUGCAAAGUUCCUCCUCUCCUCUUAUGAAGAGCAAGGGAUUUUCUAAAAAGGUGGCAGGAAUAUUUAGACCAAGUCAUUCAUCCAAGCAUGUAUCUACUCACAAAGUUGGUGAAGCAAGCUCUCAAUCUGGGGGUUUGGAGGAAGAGUUUAUAGGUAAGGUGAGCAGUAUUGAUGAAUCAUUUGCUUUGAAUCAGCUGGCAGAUGAUUUCCCACCCAAUUUCGAGUUGGCCGCAAUAGUUGUGGAAGACCAUCAGCAUGAUAGCAAUAACCUGGCAGCAAGUGGUGGUUGGGGUCUUAGCUUUCUCAACAGAGCUGGUCAUGUUGAUAAUUGUCGAGAGCCUUCAUCCGCUUCAGAAAACAGAGAAGAAAAUCUUAUGAGAAAUUCAAGGAAAUCUGGCAGGAGCAUGAAUGUUUUAGUUCCAGCUGGUUUCCAUGGUGGUCCAAUUACCAGAACUGGUGGCCCAUCCGGUCUUAUUGAGAGAUGGAGGUCUGGUGGACAUUGUGACUGUGGUGGGUGGGAUGUUGGGUGUCCUCUGACAGUACUGAACAACAACUGUAUUCAUUCAAAAAAUUUGCUGCCGGAGGAAUCACAAGAAGACUGCAACUCAGUUGACUUGUUUAUGGAGGGUGCAAAGCAUGGUGAACCAACGCUCAAGCUGGUGAAUUCGAGUGAAAACCUCUACGUUAUUUACUUCCAGUCAACUCUCUCAGCUCUGCAGUCGUUCUCCAUAGCGGUGGCAAUCAUCCAUAGUCAAACACCAGAUCUCUAUCCAAAGCUGUAGAACCGAGAAUAGGCUGAUGCUUGGAUCAUCUGGUAAACCUUCUUCAGUAGUGUUUGAUCCUGAGUAAGAAUUCUGUGCCUCCUCUGCAGCUCAGCAUCGAAGACACUGACAUAAUGGAUUAGUUCCUGCUAACAAUGGAGCAGCUUUUGUAAACAGGGACUGAAAUACUUUGAGAUUAGAGAGUGAUCUUAUCCCAUUAAUCUAAUCCAAUGU